AUGCCCAAGUGUCCCAACUGCGCAAAGGAGGUCUAUUUCGCUGAGCGUGUAACCUCUCUGGGCAAGGACUGGCAUCGACCCUGCCUAAGGUGUGCCAAGUGUGAUAAGACUCUCUCUCCUGGUCAGCAUGCUGAGCACGAUGGAAAGCCCUACUGCAACAAGCCCUGCUACCAGGCUCUAUUCGGACCAAAGGGUGUUGGUGUUGGCAGCUCAUACCGAUAUGACUAA